AUGAGUGGGGAGCUUGAAGAUGCAGGCAUUCAGGUCGGAGAAUGCCCGGAGCAACUUGCUGAACGUGUCAAAAAUUCAGCAUCAAUCUAUUCUUUGAGAAAAGAUUCCCAAGCAAUCAAGGCACAAUUGCUGCAGCUGAUUGCAAAAGAACUACAAUCAGACUACUGGUCUACAUUAGCCAGUUUUAUUCAUGGGCAAUGCUCUAAAACAAGAUUUGAUGAAAUUAUGGAGAAAUGUCUUCAAUCAAACGAAGCAAAAAUAAUGCAUAACGAAUUAAUCAGAUCUAUUAUUUAUAAUGCCCACUUUUCAAUGAUACCACCACCAAACGUAGAUAUUCCACAUGCUAAAGCUACAGUCAGAGCUUCCAAGCCACCAAUUUCUGUUCAACAAGUUAAAAAUCAUACGUUUAUGACUUAUACAGCAGCAGAUCUUCACCACUUACCAUCCAUCAACCAAUUAACUAAGAGAGUCUGUGUUAUUAUUUCCGACCCAAAAUUCCAAAUCGAUAGUAAAGCAGUUAAUGAAAUUUUAACCGAACUGAAGAAGUUCGUUUGCCAGAUCUUAUAUAAGAGUUUAGAGUUAGCAGCAAGUGAAGGACCAACUAAUGGCCACAAUCAUAUUACUGUUGAUCAUGUACAACAAGUUUUGAAGAUGAACUCCCAGAUUUCUACUGUUAUUUCACCAUCAGUUAUUUCUAAGUUUGAUAUGACUACAAAAUAA